AUGAUUCAUUCCACUCGCCCACCCCGCCCUGAACCAUGCAGAUUUUCCGCAAAACAUUGUCGAACACAAAGUCAACCACAAACGGCACAAGAGAAACAAAUUUUUCGCAACCCAUCAUUCGAAACCCCAGUUCAUUGUGCACGUUAUUGCCCGACCAGACCCGGACGUGGGUCAUUCGAACAACCGGAUUCGGCUGACAUGGCACGCAUUUGGCAAAUGAGUGCACAAGAUCAGACCAACGCGACCCUAAUAGACAAAUCUGUGGAUAUCCAACUAGGUCGAGACAAUCAUCAACGUCUGAACGAAUUUGUGACACGGCAGAGAAAUCUUGUCAGUGAUCGGAAAACCAGACAUCGGUAUCGAAAAAGUUUGGGACAGCAACAUGUCAAAGAAUGGCUUGGUGUCCCUAUCACCUUGCGAUGA